CUGAGCCCUCCCGGGGGACGCGGGUGUGAUGCGGGCCAGGGGCCGGUUCCCGCACCCCUGCGACAGUGACCGGCGUGAGCCUGCAGCGCCCCCGGCUCUGCCCUCCCCGUUGUCCCGGGUCUCCCGCUGCGCCGAGCUCCGCUGAGGCCAUGCUGCGGCUCCGCUUGCUGACGUGGGACGUGAAGGACACGCUGCUGCGGCUGCGGCAGCCCCUGGGGCACAGCUACGCGGCCGAGGCCCGGGCUCACGGCGUGCGGGUGCAGCCGGAGGCGCUCAGCCGCGCCUUCCGGGAGGCGUACGGGGCCCAGGGCCGGCGCUUCCCCAACUACGGGCAGGGCCGGGGGCUGAGCUCCCGGCAGUGGUGGGUGGAUGUUGUCAAACAGACCUUCAGGCUCUCGGGCGUGCAGGACGAGAGCGUCCUCACGGCCAUGGCGGAGAAGCUCUACCACGAUUACUGCAGCGCCCGCAACUGGGAGCCGCUGCCGGGCGCCAGCGAGACCCUGAGCCAGUGCCGCCGGCGCGGCUUCCGCAUGGGGGUCGUGUCCAACUUCGACAACCGGCUGGAGAGCAUCCUCUGCCAGUGCGAGCUGCGGCACCACUUCGACUUCGUGCUCACCUCCGAGGCCGCGGGCUGCGCCAAGCCGGACGCGAGGAUCUUCGAGCAGGCGUUGCGGCUCGGCGGGGUCCUGCCCCGGCAGGCAGCUCACGUCGGGGAUGACUACAGCCGGGACUACAGGGCAGCGCGGGCCGUGGGCAUGCACAGCUUCCUGCUCCGGGCUGCGGGGCAGGGCGAGGAGCCGGGGGUGCCUCCCGAGCACGUCCUGCCCACGCUGAGCCACCUCCUGGCUCUGAUUGAGAAGGAGUAGCUGUGUGCGGAGAGAGCCGGUGCUGCUGAGCCAUGAAGUGGCCCCAGCGGGG